AUGGCUUCUGGCCGCGACUCUUUUGCCGACCUGACACUGUCACAGCAUGGGCACGAGGCGCGGACUGGUGACUUCGUUGAGGGCUUUCCCCACGGCAAUUUUUUCCUCACAUGCUGUGGCAGCGGUAGCUCCCUCAGGGGUUGUCGUCGACCUUCGCUAGUCACCGUGAACGAACGAACUUCUCUGGGAGAGAGUGACAAUCUCUGCGCUACGGGACGCACAAUGUCCAGUUCUAAAGAAAGUCGCGCUGACAAAAGUUUCAGCUCCUCACCAGGGGAGCCCACACGCGUCUCUCCACAUCCGUCCCCUGGUCUCGCUGAGACGCCUAAUGACUCAGCUUGCUCGCCCCCUUUGUCAGCUGACGGUGAUUUACCUUCGGUUGGCGGCGCCAGCUUCCUCUUUGAGCGGGGUGCGCCGACAGUGGUUAAGGUUCUCGAGGCUCAUGAUGAAGACGUCCAGGCCUUCACCAAACUCCUCCUCGCGUUCGCGUCCACGAUCAUCAGUGUCCUGGGGGACUCAGGUUGUGAGGCAAACGGUCUGAAACUGUCCUUCUUUCCUUCUCUUGCGUCGGUCCAUUGGUUUGGAGCCGUGGUGUCAGGGGCGACGGAUUUCUCCCCCGGCGUCGACUCACAUGUCCUAGAGUGCGUGCCCACCCGCGACGAGUGUGUCGGAGGCGCAGUCUCUACAGGUGACGAUGGUGGCGCUGAAGCUUGCUCGCCUGCAUUAGUGCGGGCCGCAUCCAUGCUAGCCGAGGUUCAUCAGGCCUUCGUGCGUCUGGUGACAGACUCGUCCCUGAGUUCGCCCCCAGAGGGUACUGCAGCGGGGGGAGCGCCCAUCUUGACUCCUCAGGCGGAGCUCGAGCAAGGUGAGCACGAUCACUGUUUGCCGCAUCAUCCGGCAGACCUCGUGGUGAUCCAAAAAGAAACGGAACUUCUUCGGCAGGAACACCACCGAAAAGGGCAUCACGCAGAGCUCGUCAUAGAGCAGCCUGGUGAACCCAGUAGCGACUCCGAUUCGGGGCGUUCCACCGACAGCUGCGGCGAGAGAAACGGGUUUGUCUGGAAUGCUGCUGGCGUCGACAAAGCGCCUACUACUCCACCCGCGGGAAGCUGUCGGCGCGAGCUAGGCCACCAUGCACGGGCAGAUCGAGAAGAACCUGUGGAGGAAAGAGAAAAUGAAGAAUAUACGGGCGGCUGGGGGGAUCAUGACUCUCGAGAGUUACCAGCAGAACAGGCGUCUGAAGAGACUGCACGGAAGGCCAAGGAGCUGAAAGCUGCGACGUUGAGAAGGACACGGAUUCUUCUCUCCCAGGGGCAGAAAAUACGGUAUGAGCAGCAGGUGCUUGGCCGUCUAUCGCGGGCAUUCUCUCUUUGUUGCAUCUUACGGAGUAGCCCUACGGUCCUCUCCUCAUUUCUUCUGGCUGUGUUGGCAUCUCCUGGCGACUACGAGGACCCUCUGUUCCGCGCGUUGGGAGCUCUGUGGAGGCUCUGCGAUCAAGCAGAGCCCAUUGCGGUGGAGGCAGACGCUGCAGACGAGGUCGUGACCGUAGAGAAAGCAGCAAUGAUGGACAGGGCAUUACACGCCACAAAUGAAGAGAAAGAGACCUCCCAGAGACACUCUACUGUCUGCAAGCAAACAAGACAGAGAAGUCACGACAAGGAGAUAGAACCUGUAGAGUCACAUGAGACGUCGGCAACGGAGCGUGCUGAAAGAAGUGGAGAGGGAGAGAGAAUACAGCACGACGUACCGGUGGGGAUAGCUUGCAAAUGUUGUCCUUUUUCCCUCAUCAAUCGCGCGGAGUGUGUCGAGUAUAUCCGCGGAUUCAUUGCGAAUAUGAUUCCGUUUUUAUUGUGGAUAUAUGCGUCGCGGUGUCUCCUGCCGGCUCACAAGCUCUGCAUUCUUCAUAACCUCUUGAGCGGCCUGGACGCUUCUCAUGAGCAUUUCCUCUUUUGCUCGGAGCAAAAGGAAGCUGACGCAGGCUGCGAGGCUGGCCCCGCAGCAGCGUUUGCUUCUUUGCAUGCUGUCGAGAAAGCACUCCAGUCUCACUUAUUCCUCUCGAGCCCUCCAGACAAUUUUUCGGGUGUCGAAGAUCUCUUGCUUUUGCUGGCGGCGAGUCCCUCAGCACUCGCUUCUGCACGAGCGGGGAAUGAAGGUUGCGUAGCCACGCGCUCGAGCGGUGCUGACGCAGUUUCGCCACUCGCGUCUGGCCUCCCACUUGUAUCGUUGGGGGCAGCAGUCGCAGCUGAGUCUCCACACGCCGUCCUGAGUCUGCCUUCGCCAGGCGGUCCAGACUUUGGACAGCUUCUCCUCUUUUCGGCAGCUGCGGCGUCAGCAGCUUCUGCCUCGACAAGCGCCUCCUCGCUCAGUGCAGCCCUUUUCCCGUGGGCAAGGAUUGACGAAGCUCUCUUGGGGACUCUAGGAACCGUGGAGCAGGCCAAGCUGAAGGGCAGUGACGCGGCUUCCCUCACGCCGUUCUUCCAUGCCAGCGGCGCCGCCGCGAGGGCAGCGGCUGCGGCUGCCUUCUCUGCUCAGCGAGAAUCCAGCGACGACUUCGUGCGGGUUCUCACGGGCAGGUGGCAUGAACGUCAGCAGUUCAGACAGGCCCGCCGGAAAGGAGGAAACGGGUUCGCAGGCUCACGCCAUGAAGGACUCGUAGGCUGUAGAGGAGACAGCCCUAGUCAGGCAGACGGCGACAAGUACAUCGGGAAAAGCAGGAUUACGUCCACUGAUGGUGGUGCCCACAACGCUCCGGCGUCAGGUGUGGCGGAAAGCGAGAACGGGAGCGGCGCCCCCCCGUCGCUGAGAGAGCAAGAAAGAGGGGAAGAAGCUGGGCGCCGAGUCGCAGCGAAGACGGCUGUUUCAUGUGCCGACGGGACGGACAACACCUGCGGCGAUUUAUGCGACUGCUUCAUAAAGGAGCAGCCCUCGUCGUCAGGGUGCCCCCCGCGAUUAGCAGACGCGUCAGAAGCUGGAACGCUGGUGCUUAUUCGAGGCAGCUUAGGGCCGCCUUUGCCACGCAUGACGGCAGAAAGGCAACAGCAGUUAUUCGUGCGCUGCCUCUCCACUUUCUCGUUUUAUUCCGGAGUGUGCUCCGCUGUCGAGGACCGGGCGGCUGAGGAAUUUCUUGUGGCGGACUUUUGGUUAAACCUGCAUGAGGAGGCGCGGAGGCAGGAUGGUUUGUUCUUCGAGGGAUCUGUGUGUUUUCCGCGGUCAAACGAAGAGAUGUCGAUCCAUAGACGGAACGGCGUCAACCUGGACCUGGUCGGAGGCAGGCAAAACACCUCUGAGGCGUCUCUUAGGGUAGGUUCGGCCAUAGGGCAGAAGGAGGAAGAGAUUUUCCUCAGCGCGCAAGAGCAUAUGGAUUUCCUGGCUGCUGGCUUUCUCGCAACCGUCGCCAACAAUGAGGCAUUCGAGCCUGUGAGUCUGCACCACAUCCUCCCUCAAGCUGUGUUGCCCCUUCUCCUUCAAGAGCUGCGGGAGGGCGCAGAUGUCUCUUCUUUCAGCUUCUCUGAAACAUCGGACACCCAAACACAGGAGGCCACGGCAAGCAACGAGAGCGAGCACUUGUGUUCCUUAGCGGGCUUCUCUCCAGGAUGCGCCUGCGAGCCGUGUCGCAACGCGGAGUCGCUGCUUGAGCCAAGCACGAAUAGCGAGAGCGAAGAUGAGCGAUCCGCGGGUCCCGAGUCUGAAGGCGUGCCACUGGAUGCCGCCGCUGCUGGCAGCGAUGCAAACAGGCGGAGUCUUGCUCGCGUCGUCGGCACAGCGUUGUAUAAUGACCCGUGGGCACUGGAGGAUUCGUCAAGCGGUUUCGCUAACGGCGCCAUCACCGGGGACAAGGCCGUUACUUCCAAGCUCUGCCAGAAAACGGGCCCGAAACAGCCAAGAUCGGGUUGUGGGGAGUCCUUGCACACGCUGGACAAGCUCCUCCAGUACUCCGCUGAUCCGUGGAAUACGGGGCGCGUCAGGAUGCCCGUUAGCGAGUCCUUGAUGCUCCAGGUCGGAAUUACACUAGGAAGGCUUCUCUUCGGAAUCGAGCAGAAGACGGUCGCCGCUCGCAGCACCAGUGGGCACAGUUACGCUUGGAGGGCCUGCUUGACGGGUAAGCGCCGCGCUUCGCCCCCAGGCGCAGAGGAUGGAGCAGUGGACGACGAGGCAUGGCAAGAUGUCGUGAGGCCUGCGAUCGCCGACCAGACACGCCUGCUGGGCGGCAUCUUCUUGGGUGUAAACGGUCUGCAUACGUCUCCAGCGCAAGCUACGCCGAAAGCGGGAAUUCAGCAGGAAGCUGCAGUCGAGUCUACUGACUACCAUAUUCCCGAAGGAGGUUCAACACCGUGUCAGAAGUGGCGCGGGCUGCUCACGAGGCACAGUUGUUCAAGGCGCCAACUGCUCCAUCUUCUUCUCGUACACAAGACGCAUCAUUUCGCAUGUGCGUGCCGCGCUGCGAACGGCACGUGGGGCUGCGACCAGCUGGCUCAACUAGCAAGCUGUCAAUACGCGUCAAUGCUCAGCCUCCUGACCGAAGAUGGACGAAGUGCUGCAACGGCACCCGAUAUAUCAGCGGAUGCAAAGGGAGAGACGGCGCAAACAGCCACGAAAAAGGAAGAAACGGUGACUCUCCCGUCGUGGGCGUGGACAUCGGUCCGUCAGAUGUUGUUGCGGAGGCAAUUCGUGUGCGCCUUGCAGGUCGGCCACCACAGAGCGGAGGCAGAGAUGUGUCUUAGGGCCUACUGGAUUUUUUCGGCACUUCGCAAUGCGUUUCAGAAAACCUGA